CUACAUAGGUUUAAAUAGUGGAAUAGGGUGAUGGUGUAGUAAUGAGUGUAGGGUUAGAUGGUGCCGUAUUUUAUCUUUUUCAUGUAAAGUAUAAAGGAUUUAUACCCCAGUCUAGUUGGUGGCGGUAAUGCAACAUUUAUUGGAUGCCAACCGCUGUUAAACCUCAUCGAAGAAGAAGACGAAGAACGCUAAGCAGAAUCAAAGAUAGAGGUUUCAACCAACAUUUCUUUGAUAAAGCGAAAAGCUACUUUCAUAACCAUUGCUAAUAUGUCAAAACUACAGAUGUUGAAUGUGUUUGUCACGGAGCGUUUGUCAGCGGCUGCUGUGGAGAUAUUCGGAGCCGUGGAGAAGACCGUGGCAGAGUAUCAGGAAGAAAUCUGCCGUUCAGCGGAGGAGAACGAGCGUUUACGCAGGCUGUUGGAUUUGGUUAGCAAACCAGAGAUAAAGUUACACAGAGCAGACUUCCAGGUACUGACUCCUGCCGUUUACCCUGAGCAACUUAAAUGUAAGCAGGAGUGGAGCCCCAGUCUGGGGCAGGAGGACCCAGAACCCACACAUAUUAAAGAGGAACAACAGGAGUUCAGACUCAGUCAGGAGGACUCACCUCAGCCCUCACAUCUUUACCAAAACCAAACUGUGGAUGACGGAGAGAGGGGUAUUCUACCUAUCAUCAUAACUGAAGAGAUCAAAACAGAAGCUGAUGGAGAGGGCUACAUAGUACCAGAACCAACCAGUGAUCAGCCCCUUUCAGUUCAUCCAGACUGCUCUGCUGCAGUGGAGAAACCAUAUCGGUGUCAACAAUGUGACAAAAGCUUCACACGUAAGGGACACUUGACCAUCCAUUCAAAGAUACACACAGGAGAGAAAUCUUAUCUGUGCAAACAAUGUGACAAAAGCUUCAUCCAGAAAGGCGACUUGGACAGACAUACUAGGGUACACACAGGAGAUAAUCCAUAUCAGUGCAAACAAUGUGGCAAGAUGUUUAACCAGAAAGGAAGCUUGACCAUCCAUUCAAGGAUACACACAGGGGAGAAACCUUAUCAGUGCAAAGACUGUGACAAAUCCUUCAACCAGAAGAUGGAAUUGAUAUUGCAUAUGAGAGUUCACACAGGGGAGAGACCAUAUAAUUGUCCUGUAUGCAAGAAAGGUUACAUGGCAUUAAGCUAUUUAAGACUUCAUCAGCGUGUUCACUCCGGGGAGAAACCUUACCAGUGCAAAGAAUGUGGCAAAUGCUUUGGUUAUAAAGGAAGCUUGAAGUCUCAUAUGAGCACUCACACAAAAGUUUCAGCCUGAAGUGAGAACAACAAAUGAUUUGACAACUCUGGCAUUUGACAACUAAACAAAUGUAGUUAUGUGAGAGGAGUGAUAAAACAUCAGUCAGUAUCAGAUUUGUAAGCUCAUUUUAGCUCUUACUUUUUUUAGAUACCUACUGGCCAGGACGAUGAGGGAAUUUGACCAUGCAGGCCCGGCUGAAAAGUGAUUGCAUCCUUUUUGAAACCAGGCUGCCUCACGGGCAUGAGCCACUCCUCCCUCAACGCUUUUGCCUGGUCACAUGACAGGCCAUAGUCCGGUGCACCGCGGUUCAGCCUAAUCAAACUCCUGCACUGCUGGCUUCAGGAAGUUGUCACAGCUGUGUCUAGCAGAGCACACACUUGGAUUCCUAAACAACAGGAGUUCAUAUUCAAUUGUUUAACAAUGACAUACAGGAUAUUUGGGCCACUAUCUGUACUUCUGUCUGCAUGUUAGAAUAUUGAAGUAGCCUAUUAUGUCUUUGUUGACUAUAUAAUGCAGCAAAUAUAGAUCAGCUUUAAUAUUGCAGACAGAUUGUGGCUUUCAAUGUAAUUGUCUGCAUCAUUUCCCCCAUAUAUAUAGAUAUAUCUAUAUAUAUAUAUUUACAUUUUAUUAUUUUCCCCUAACCCUACCAUCCCUCCCCUAAUUGGAGUAAACUAAACUAAUGGACAACAACACUUAGGUUUCUACUUCCAUCUUAUAUAUACACUAUAUACAUUUUACGGACACAGUAUAUUUUACAAUAGUUAUCUUUUGUUUGUUUUUAGUCCCUUCCUUCAGCAACCCUCAACCCCUCCCAUAUAUCUCUGAACACCAUCCAAUGUUGAUUUCUAUUUGCUAUAUGUUUUCCAACUGUGCUGUUUCACAUAUGUUCUGAAACUCUACACAUUUUACGGACACUAUAUUUGACAUGAGUUAUCUUGUUAUUUUUAGUCCCGCCCUUCAACUCCACUCAACCCCUCCCAUCUAUCUCUGAACAUCAGAAAGUUUUUCCAGACCAAAGGACAGAUUUCCACCGGUCUAAUGUCCGUUGCUCGUGUUUCUUGGUCCAAGCAAGUCUCUUCUUCUUAUUGGUGUCCUUUAGUAGUGGUUUCUUUGCAGCAAUCGACCAUGAAGGCCUGGUUCAUGCAGCCUCAUCUGAACAGUUGAUGUUGAGAUGUGUCUGUUACAUGAACUCUGAAGCAUUUAUUUGGGCUGCAAUUUCUGAGGCUGGUAACUCUAAUGAACUUAUCCUCUGCAGCAGAGUUAACUCUGGGUCUUCCUUUCCUGUGGCGGUCCUCAUGAGAGCAAGUUUCAUCAUAGCGCUUGAUGGUUUUUGCUACUGCACUUGAAGAAACAUUCAAAGUUUUGGAAAUUUUCCGGAUUGACUAACCUUCAUGUCUUAAAGUAAAAAUGGACUGUCAUUUAUCUUUGCUUAUUUGAGCUGUUCUUGACAUAAUAUGGGCUUGGUAUUUUACCAAAUAGGGCUAUCUUCUGUUUACCACCCCUACCUUGUCACAACACAACUGAUUGGCUCAAAUGCAUUAAGAAGGAAAGACAUUCCACAAAUGAACUUUUAACAAGGCAUAGCUGUUAAUUGAAAUGCAUUCCAGGUGACUCCCUCAUGAAGCUGGUUGAGAGAAUGCCAAGAGUGUGGAAAGAUGUCAUCAAGGCAAAGGAUGGCUACUUUGAAGAAUCUCAAACAUAUUUUGAUUUGUUUACCACUUUUUUGGUUACUACACGAUUCCAUAUGUGUUAAUUCAUAGUUUUGAUGUCUUCACUAUUAUUCUACAAUGUAGAAUAGUAAAACAGUGUGUCCAAAUGUUUGACUGGU